AUGAGAUUCCCCAAGGUAUCACCGAAAAAGUGUUUCUUUCUUGUUUUGUGUUUUGCCGUGCUGGUGCUGUUAGUUUUCAACCUAAGAGAUCGGGAAGUGGGCAGCAAGACAACACGCCCCGCUUACGCCACCAGAGACGAGUACCAGGUGGAGUACAACAAUCAGGAUAGCGCCAAAGAUGAGGCCUCGAGAAGCUCUGAAGUUAUCAACGACCUGGACGCCCGCUACCGGCUGGACGAGCAGCCGGUUGUCCUGCAUAGCCUGAGCGAACUGAGCAUGAGCGAGCGGCCGUGGUAUUUUUCCAACGGAGUGCGCUAUCCGAAACCAGUUCGACGGAAUAGAAAAACCAACAAACGUAACGCCCGACUGCUACCGUCGGAGACCUCGCGGAGCGAUCGCAUCACCAAUCAGCUGAUGUUCGUUCCUCCUAACUACGAAGCGAUCAAGCGGAAGGGUAAAUUGAAAACCAUUCUGCUGUAUAACGGAUUGGGACCGUGGAACGUGAAGGCCGGCCGGGAUGUGUUCCUUAAUUCCAAAUGCCCGGUGUCAACCUGUAGCAUCACGGCAGCCCGGGAACGGGUAACGAUGGCCGAUCUGGUGCUGUAUAAAGAUCACUACAUCCCGCCGGCCGUGCCACGGUCGGCCCGGCAGAUCUACAUGAUGUACUUCCUAGAGUGUCCCUACCACACUCAACAUGUCAAAUUUCCCGAUGUGUUCAACUGGACGGCCACCUACAGAAAAGACAGUGACGUCGUGGCACCGUACGAAAAGUGGGAAUACUUUGACCCUCGAAUUCGUCAAGUCGAACAGGAUCGCAACUAUGCGCUGAACAAAACGCGCAAAGUGGCUUGGUUCGUAUCCAACUGUGGGGCCCGGAAUGGCCGCCUCCAGUACGCACACGAGCUGCAAAAGCACAUUCAGGUGGACAUCUACGGUGCCUGCGGUACGUACAAAUGUUCCCGCACGACGGCGGAAAAGUGCUUCGAGAUACUGGACCGGGACUACAAGUUCUAUCUGGCGUUCGAGAAUUCCAACUGUAAGGAUUACAUUACGGAAAAGUUCUUCGUGAACGCUCUCAAUCGCAACAUUCUGCCGAUCGUUAUGGGCGCACGACCGGAAGACUACGAGGCCAGUUCGCCCCAAAAGUCCUACAUUCACGUGGACGAGUUUGCCUCUCCGAAGGAACUAGCCGAAUAUCUCAACAUAUUGGAUCGAAACGAUGAGCUGUACAACUCAUACUUCAAAUGGAAGGGCACCGGUGAGUUCAUCAAUACCUACUUCUGGUGUCGAAUCUGCGCGAUGCUGCACGACGAAGCGUCGUUCCAAACGCCCAAGUGGUACGAAGACAUUAACGACUGGUGGCGGGGACCGGGUGUAUGCACAAACGGAUCCUGGCGAAACUUUAGGGCCCGUAAGGACGCCAUCAGCGAAGAAUGA